AUGGCGCCGCCGUGCCCGCCGCCGGACCUGAUGGCCGAUCUCGUCGGGGAGAUCCUCCUCCGCGUCCCGCCGGACGACCCCGCGCUCCUCGCGCGCGCCUCCCUCGUCUGCAAGGCCUGGCGCCGCCUCCUCGCCGACCCCGCCUUCGGGCGCCGCUACCGCGCCUUCCACCGGGCGCCGCCCCUGCUCGGCUUCCUCCACGAACACUACACCAUCGGCGGCUUGGGCACCGUGCCCCGCUUCGUCCCCACCGUAACACCCUCCUCAUUCCCCCAGCGGGCGCUCGAUGAUUGCGACGGCUGGCGCAUCCUCGACUGCCGCCACGGCCGCGUCCUCUUUGAGAUCCCCGGCCAGAGCGUUAACCUUGUCGUCUGGGACCCCGCUACCGGCAAACGUCAGGGGCUGCCGCAGCCCCCAAUCCCCCAUUAUUGGAGCUUCACUGCGGCAGUGCUCUGUGCCGUGCGCGGCUGCGACCACCUCCACCUGCCGUGGUGGCCCGUUCUUCGUUGUCUUGGUGAGCACCACUUGGGCAAGAAUUGCUCAUCCAUCAUUCCCCCUCCGGAGGCGCACGAUAUCCCUGAGGGCGUUGCCCUCAUGCCAAUGGAGGAUGGCUCGCUGGGGUUCGCUGAUGUUCUAUGUUCAAGGAUUUGCCUGUGGUCGUGGAAUGCUGGUCCAGAUGUAGUUGCAGGAUGGGUACGAUGUAGGGACAUUGAGCUGCAGACACUGACGCACUUUAGGAAUUAUGUAGAAGUGGUUGCUUCUGCAGAAGGCUUCGGUACCAUCUUUGUGUCCACAGAUGAUGGUGUCUUCACAAUAGAGCUCAAGUCAGGCCGCAAGUGGAAGGUAUUCUGA